GGCUAUUCAAGGUGAAAGACAUAAGAAGGCUUCAAGUGUCUUAGUACCGUUGCCUUCCUGGUAUAGGCCGUAUUCCGUGGAGUCACCAUGUGAGUAAAGCUGAAGUCAGGUGCAGAGUUUUAGGUAACAGUGGUAAGUCAGCUGAUAUGUUUGUGAACCUUCAUCGACUGAGAUGGUUGGGAUAUGUGUUACAUAUGCCUAGUCACUGUCUGCCUCGUCACACAAUGUUGUCCGAAGUAGGCCCAGGCUGGAAAAAGGCUCGCGGCGGCCAGACUAAAACAUGGUAUCCAUGCAUGAAAUCCUUGACUGUUGGUUUGAGGCAUAUGGAGCAACGCAGACCAGUCGGUUGGGGUCUUUGGGACAAGAGCAAACAGUGGUUGGAGACUCUAAGUGAUAUGGCUGAGAACCGAUGUCAUUGGUGCAGGUGUAUACACACAUUAUCCUCAUCCGAAUCCUAUACCUAAUCUUACCGUUUUCU